AUGAAAUUAGAAAGUGGCACUAAAGUGUUCUUGGAUUUGAAAAAUUAUUCUAACAGAAAUAAAUUGGAAGCUUAUUUAAAAAAACUGGAGGUUGCAAUUGAAGAAUUUUUAUCAAACGAAAUUGAUUAUGUUGUGACGAAUCGAAAAUUGGAUUCCGCGACGGCUCCGCCAAAAUUGCAUCAUAGGAACACUUCAUUUUCUAGUCAAGCCUUUCCAGCAAAUACUCCAAAAGUAAUGAUGAUGUCUCGAGGCCAAACAUUGCUUAUGAGAUCAAAUUCGACAAAUUCUUUGAACUCUCAAAGUUUUGUGGAUCCCAUUCACUUUGCAAUGAAAUUCAAUAUUCCAAUUGUCGAUAUUUUAUUAUUAAAAAAAGUUUUGAAAAGCGCAAUGGCAAAAUUGAAAUCAUCUCAAAAGUUGAAAUCUUCCAACAAACUUUGUAAAAAACUAGGUAACGAAUUUAUAAAGAUUGAAGAUGUUUCUCAAAGGUUUUCUCCAAUUUUUAGAUGCUUUCAAAAUUUGCCAAAAAUUGGUGAGAAAAAGUCAACUGAAACGAAAGUGGCAAAUAAAAAGAAAGGUGUCGAUGUAAAGUUAACAUAUUGUGAAUGUUGUGAAGAAGUUGUUAACAGUUUGUCGGUGCAUAACAAUGACAAAAAACAUGUAACAUUUUCACAAAAAUCAGAAAAUUAUUUAUUGUUAGAUCAAAUGAUUUCAGAUCUUCCAAGUUUACACGAUUUACCUCUCCUACACUUAAACAACCAACAUUUAACAAAUGCAGCAGCGGAAAGCAACAAGUAUCACAAUGAUAAUUAUGGAGAUGAAUGUUAUGACAUAGAACAGAAAAAAUCAAAAGCAGGUUUGCCAUGCAUUCAAUCUAGAAGAAAUAGCCACCGGAUUAUUGCUUUUGAAAAUGUUGAAUGUUCACUAUCAGCCAUGGAUGAACUAACACACCCCAAAGAUGCCCAACACAGCUUAGAUGGUGUUGGUCUCGUCUCCUUGGGAUGUCAUGAUAACAGUAAUGCAGUCAAUACAAAUAAGGUUUUAAUUGAAAAUAAUCUUAUUGAUAAAAUUCAACAAGUUGACACUGACAGAGAUUUAAAUGAUGUGACAAAAAGUUUUUUAGUAGAUAAGUUAAUUUCUUCAGAUUUUUCUUGUCCAGAAGAAGUUGUUAAAGUCAAAAUUCCAGGCUCUCCUUCAAGUCAUGACGCUGAACCAAAAACUGAUGAAACAGUUGUACUGGAAACACAUCUAGUUGAUGAAAAAAGCCUGGGUGAUUGUUUGAAAUUAGUGAUUAAUUUGAAAGAAGUGAAUGUAACAGGACCAACUAGUAUAACUACUCUCUCUGAAACAUCAUUAAAUGAAUCGAAUGAAUUGUUAACAUGUGGUAACUCAGCUUGCUUCAGCCCUGUUGAUACAAAAAGUACUAACGUAAAACUAGAUGAAAUAACAGAACCGAAUGAAUCAUCUGCUGAUAGAAUCAGUAAUGGGGCCAUAAUGAAAUACACCAAUAAUCAAAUUAACCAUAACAAAAUUAAUUCAAAUUCAGAUAGUAAUGAAAUUUCAAAAAAAUUUUUAAAUAAUGAUAUUGAGGGUUUAAAUGAUCUACACCAAAACGGUGAGGAACCUGUUAACCAAUAUUUCUCGAACAACCUUUUCCCACAGUCACCAUAUUGCCUUGCUGACACUGAUCGACGAAAUGAGAUUGUACCAACCAAUCACAUUUUUUCAAGCGAUUACAAUUCAUAUUCUUAUCCAAAUUGUACUCCAACUCAACAAAUGUUACUGUUUCAGAAUGAACAGAUCAAACCUUUCCAAGAAGAAAUACUGUAUGAGCAUACACAACAUCUGCAAGAAAAAUAUUUAAAACAUCAACAGUUUCUUGAGCAAGUCAAACAGCAGAUAUUUACACCAACGAUGAACUACUUGCCAAAUAUAAUGAACUUGCCAGAAGCAUUCAAUGCUAGUUCUAUGCCUUGUUAUGAUGCAUAUUCAAACUUGUUUUGGCCUCUACAUUUUGUUUCGCCGAACAUUGCUUGUAAUCACAGUUUUGAUGGUUAUCCUCCUAGCCCCCAAAACAAUGCACAGUUAGGUGACGUGGUAGGAAGUCUGUUAACCACUGAUCGCAAAUGUUUGACUGAUGAAACUAUCAGACCGCAGCAAUUUGGGGGGAGAAGAUGUGUUACAGGGAAACGGAGAUGUGAUAAAAAUAAAUCACUGGAUAGUCAGUUAUUUAAUGUCAAAAAAAGUCUUCUCUUCAACAAAAGAAACAACAGAAAUUUUCAUGAUAAAACUUUGAAAAAUGAGGAUCAUGAUGGCAGAUGCUCUACAGCAAAAUUAGAGGAUGAAUUUGAAAAUCAAUGUGAUAUAGAAAUCAAUACCACCUCCUCCAGUGGAAGAGUUUGUGGAAAUGGAAGAGGGUUAAAAUGCAAAACUACAGGACAUAAUAAAAACUGCAGCUCUACUGUUUCGCGUGAAAAUGUUUUCAUUGAAAGCUCAGAGGUCAGGGAUAGGGGUGACGACAGUGGUACAGAGAUAUAUGAUGUCAGUUUAUGGUGCAUGUCCUACAGAUCAGAUCUGAAAGUCGUUUUUAAAAAAAUUGGUUCUAGUUCACACUAUGAUACAGAUGAUUUAAUCAAAUAA